GUCUGCAUUGUUCAUGAUUCAUGAUGAUACGCUCACAAAAAUUAGUAACCUCUAAGCACGUUGAUUUACCGUUUUACCAGUGCAAUUUAAUUGUAGGAAUUAUCAGAGCUAUUGAACGUGGAAGAAAUGGCAUUAUCGGAUUAGUAAAACGGAGUAUCUUUCAAGCUUUUGUUUAUUUUCAUAUAAUAUAUAAUGUAUGUUACCAUUCGAUGGCUAGAACAGAAGAGCAAAACCAAGACGCUGGUAGUCCUGAGAAACUGAUUACUAAAAGUCUACCUUGCGAGAAUCCUCACGAAGUGCAUGGAUUUGUUAUUUUAAGCGACCUUCCUUCAGCUGAUCCAGUUUCGAAAUCUGGCUGCCAGCAUAUUAACAAAGCUAUUGAUGCUACUUCAGUUAGAAAAGGUAUCUUACGUGCUGGUGGGUUUGCUUCGUUGAAAUGUGUCACUUGUAAAAGCCAAUCUUUGAGUGAUUUCGAGGAGAAGGAUUUAUCAUUGUGUUUGAAAUGUGGCGCUUGUAAUUGCGACGAGCAUUUGGUGAAGCAUUUUGAAAUUCCUCGUUCAGAUCCUCAUACGUUGUGUGCGAAGAUUACAGACUGGAGUGUUCGAUGUCAUAAAUGCGAUAUCAAUGUGCCAGUAGAAAGUAGUGGUAAAUUGAAAGAGGGAAUCAAUUUAUUGAAACAAGAGCAAGGUAAACCGUCGAGAGUAGUACCAAAGAUGACCACUUUCGAUCCAGAGAUGACGGACGGUGAGGCAGAAUCUACCACUCAGUAUAAUAGAAAUGCAGUUAUUCCAUCGUCGGCGUGUUCUGUGAAUGUAUUACGUAAAACAACGCUUCCUUCGCCUAAAAUUGGGCAACUGCCAUCUCCUAGGGGUUUAAUGAAUCUCGGAAAUACGUGUUUCAUGAAUUCAGUUCUUCAAUGCUUAGCUCAAACUCCGUUCUUAUUAGAUGUUCUACUCGAAAUCGCCGAACCUGGUGAAAGGGCUACGUUAAAUAUCACCGAAGACGGUGAAACCAAACAAAUGACUGUCGAAUUAGAUAAAUGGGGACCAUUAACGGAAUCAUUAGCUCAUACUUUGAGGGAAAUGACUCGCGAUGCGAGUGGCGUUUUUCAGCCCAGUCAGCUUCUUGAUACUUUGAGGAAGAAAUGUCGUACGUUUAUUGGUUAUAAUCAACAUGAUUCUCAUGAGCUUCUUAGGCAACUAUUAGAUAAUGUGAAAACUGAAGAUAUUCGACGAUAUCAAGGUCAUAUCUUGGCGUAUUGUGGGUUGAGUAAGAAAGCUCAUCCAGACGAGAUGGACGAAAAGAAACGAGCUUUGGCAAAGAGUCUGAAUCAGAAACUAACCGAAUUGGUGAACAUAAGGCCUGAUCAAGUUUUUAAAGGCACUUUAGUUAGUACAGUACAGUGCACUAAAUGUCAUCAUAAAUCUGAAGUCAUUGAGAAUUUCCUUGACUUGAGUUUGCCUGUGUCUUUUGAAAAAGUACAACCUUCUACGUUGGCCAGAAGGAAAAAUGUCUUCAAUGAUGAUGAAAAUCGGCCUAAAUCGAGUCACCAGAAGAAGAAGGAAAAUAAAGCAGCCAGGAAAGCGAAAAAAUUAGCCAAAUUUAAAAAACGUUUGAAAGAUGAUGAAAAUAAAAGUGCGAAGAGUCCUUCGACUGACAAAAAGGAUGUCGAUGAAUCAGGAUACAGCUCUGCCAAAGCGACAUCUCCUGUUCAGAAUAACAAUAUCCAGGCAUCGAUAGAAAAUAGUAGAAAUGAAAUUCUAGCCGAAGCAUUAAGCGAAGUAAAUUCAUCUUCAUCAUCUCCGAUUCGUAAUAGUAAUACUAAUAGCGAAGUUGAGAAUUCUUCUAAAACACCAACUCAAGCUAGUACGGUAGAAUCAUCGAUCCUGAAUGGACCUAAAAAUGAUGUAGCUUCCACGAGUUCGUUUUUCAAUAACGAUAGCACACCCAAUCAAGCUGUAUUAGUCGACAACAAAGGUUCUCCAGAUGAUAUAGAAGCGAUAGUGAAUUCUUUCUACGACGAUAAAGUCGGCGAAUCCGAUCCAUUCGUACCAGGAACGCCUGAUAUGAGAUGUAGACUGGAGAAUUCACCAGUCGCGCCAUGCGAUGGUUAUUCCAGCAGUAGCGGAGGCAGUGCUGAAGAGAAAGACGAUAAUUACGAUUACGAUCUCGAAGAUGAUGAUGAAGCAGCCGAUGGAGACGAUGACGGAUCUGCCGAGGAAGAUAACGCCGACGAUGUUUCCGAAGACGAAGGUAUCAACGCCACGUUACAGCCUACUGACAGAUACGAUGACGGUUCUAUAAUGUCGUGUUUGGCUCAUUUCACCUCAUCUGAAAUACUAACUGGAAAUAAUAAAGUGAAAUGUGAUUCGUGCACUGAUAGACAAAACAAAGAUGUUGGAGAAAAUGAAAAAAAAAAACCAGUUUAUCAGCCUGCCACUAAGCAAUUACUUAUAAAUUCUCCUCCUCCUAUAUUAAUUCUUCAUCUGAAACGUUUUCAAGCUAUGUACACCAGUUUGCGUAAAGUUUCGAAGCCUGUUGAUUUCCCUCUCAUCCUCGAUAUAGCUCCUUUUUGCUCGGCUAAAUGCCAGAAUCUAUUGAUCCCUGGCCAAAACAAAAUUUUGUAUUCGUUAUACGGUAUUGUGGUUCAUAGUGGGUCUUUGCAAGGAGGUCAUUACAUUGCUUACGUAAAGGCUAGGAAACCGGUCGAGAAAAACAGUUACCGUAGAGCAUUUUUACCAAAAUCUGCAAACAACUCGGUACAAUUGGAAAAUUUAACAUUUGAGAACAUCGAACGAAAGAUUGAAGAAGAUCAAAGUAGUUCCAGCACCUGGUAUUGUAUCAGUGAUUCUAACGUAUCAAAAGUCACGUCCGAAGAACAAGUAUUGAAAAGAGAAGCCUAUCUUUUAUUCUAUGAACGAAUUUUUUGAUUUUUGUGUUAUUUAACAUUAUUUUACGAAACAUUCAUAUUUAUUUAUUAAAAGAAAAUGUACGAUUUUAUGUUAUCAUUACGGUAUAAUACUUUGUAGUUGAAAUUUCAUUAUUUUUGUUUCGGUGUUGAAUCGUUCCGUUUCUUUAUAUGCAACGAAGUGAUACUGCUACGUUGACGGUAAGAUAGUGGUUGUUAAAUUUCUAAUUGUAAUUUGUAAUUUAUUCAUUUGACGGUUAUCCUCCGCGCGUGGUGGUCGCAUUACUAAAUAUUUCAUUUGAAAACUAAAUAAAAUCAGUGUAAAAGUAUCAGUGAAUUUCGUAAUGUUGUAGUAUUUCUUUACGUAUAUUCUCCUCUUUUUAUUUACUUUGUAAAAAUGUGAUUUUGUAUAAUAAAUUUGUUGGAAUUAUUUAUUAACAAAAGUUCUGCUAAUAAAUUAUCUUGUUUUGAAA